GAUUAGAGAGGAGAAGGAAAAGAGUAUAUCAGAAGCCUCAGUGGUACACUGUUUCUCUGAUUUUGAUGCAUUGAAGACGAAGCAAUAAGAAAUAAACUAAAAAUCUUUAAAAAAAACCAAACCCAACAAAUGGCAGAAAAAAUUAUAUAGAGAGAGUUUAUGUUUUUUGCUAAGCCCAAAUGACAUCUCUUUCUGCAUUUUGGGUUUUCUGUUUUUAUCUCUCUCCUUUCCGGUUUCAAUAGAAGAAAGCCAGUAAGGAGUUGCUGGUUUUCUUGCUAAAAGGUUGAGGUUUUAUAGAUAAUGCAGUGUAAGAAAACAUACUUUAUAAGCAAGUUCAAUGGAUGGUAAUCCGAUGGCUGAUCCUGAUUCAGAGUCCUCUACAUUGGGUUUAAGGCGCAUAAGAAACUCACUUUUCAAUAUUCCUGGUUUCCUUGUUGGAUUUAGCACUAAGGCUCCUUUGGAUUAUGAUUCGGUAAGAAGCCCUACAUCUCCUCUUGAUUUGAGAGUUUUUGCAAAUUUUAGCAACCCAUUUGGUUCAAGGUCUCAUAGAUCACCAUCUCAAAGUGGUUGUCAAAAGAAGUGGGAUUGCAGUAAGAUGGGUUUGGGCAUUGUGAAUUUGCUUGCUGGUGACAUUAAACUGGACGGUGGAGACCUUGAUUCUCCGAGAAAGAACAUAAUAUUUGGACCACAGGUGAAGGCAAAAUUUCCUUCUUCCUAUAGGUAUUCCCAUGAAUUCCUUGGUAAUUCUAUGAAAUCCAAUUCUCUGCCUAGGAAUUACAUAGUCUCACAGCUUUUCCAAGACGGAAAAUCCAAUACCAAGUCGACAGUUUCUAGUCUUGGCUUUGGAAAUGAGGAAGUACUGGUAGCAAAACCGGAUCCUGGGCUUUCCCCUUCUUUUAUUUCCUCUACUGAAAACCCGAAUUUAAGUUCCAUAAGUUUUUGUUCAGACAGUGGAACCAUCAACACUAGUAGUUCACCUCUUCCAAUUGGCAGGCCUUUGCAAGUAGAUAAUUCUUGGGUAAGUAAACCAAGUUCACUUCCUAUACUCUUUAGCCAUAGCAUGGUGUCUCUUUCUGCACAUGAGAUAGAGCUUUCUGAGGAUUAUACAUGUAUAAUUUCUCACGGUCCGAACCCUAAAACGACUCAUGUUUUCGGUGACUGUAUUUUGGAAUGUCACAACAACGAGUUAACCAUUUUUGACAAAAAAGCUGAACCUUGUACCAAAGUGCCUACACCAGGUAACAGCAAAGAGACUUCAGCACUUUAUGCCUCUGAUGAGUAUUGGAGCUUCUGUUACACUUGCAAGAAAAAGCUAGAGAAAGACGAAGACAUUUACAUGUACAGAGGUAAAAAGGCAUUUUGCAGUCUCGAUUGCCGCUCCGAGGAGAUUUUUGCUGAGGAGGAAAUGGAGAAAACUUGUAAUAAUUCCUCCAACGGUUCCCCGGAGCAGAGCACCGAUGAAGACCUCUUCCCAAUGGGUAUGUCCAUUAACAUGUAAUGGACUAUUAGUAUGAUUUCUUUUUGCAGGCAUCCAUGCCAAGAGUGAUAACUUUAACCUGGAUGAUCGUCUGUUCAUAAAAAAAGAGCUGUUUAUGUGAAUCAAUUUGCAGCCAUGGAUGAUCGACGCCUAAAUAACGAGUCAUGGAUACCACAGCAUUGGGUUUAAUCUAUUGUGCGGUGGUAGAUAUAUUAUUUAGUAGACUGUUGCAUUAUAAUUUUGAUUAGACGAGUUAGUAGAGGCCGGACUAGCCCCAUCUCAUCGGUUUUCUUUUUCUUUUUAAAACUUUUGCUGCUGUUGGUCUUCUUUGAGCUGCUGUCCAAACCUCUUGAACAUGAAGAACUCGUUGUUGAAUUCUGAAUGCAUGCGACAUUGGUUCGAUUAAUUUUACUAUGAUGUCGGUGGGGCUAAUCUGUUUCAGGUUAGUGAUAUUGAUUUCUGGGUA